AACUCUGUCCUCCUCCACACGCGCACCGAGAGGGAGGGUGCGUGUCAUUUAAAGCUGGCGUGGAAGUUUUCCUGCGGUCUGUGAAAUGACAAACUAAAAAGAAAGAAAAAAGGGGGGGAAUAAAGCCAGAACACAUGGAGUUUGCGGUAGUUUAGUCCGGUGGGGGAAAAAUGGCGUCGCAGGUGCCGCUGAGCCGGAGCCAACUUUUGGAAAUGGACAUAUGUGAGCGUGGUAUGCGCUCCGAAGACGGCGGCGGAGUUCCGCUCGACUCGGACGCCGAGUCGCUUUCGGACGGCUUGUCGGGCUUCCGGCGGCGGGGCGCCCUCGGCCCGGUCUCCGCCGCCGAGUCGCCCGACGACACCUUAUCAUCACCUGCCGGUGGCCCGCCGCGCUGCCGGGCACGGGUCCCCAACGGGCACGGGGGCGCCGUUGGCACCGAGGGCACCACCCGUGGCGCCCAUCCGUACGCAUGCCAAGGGGACAGCAUGGGAGGUGCCCGCAGCUCCAUAGUGGACAGUUUGCUGGUGGAGCUGUACGACACGUACAGCGGCGGCAGGAGGAGGAACGUUGACAGUUUGGACAGCUCCACGGAGGCGUCCGGUUCGGACGCGUUUCUGGGUCGCAGCAACACCGGCUCCAGCUUCCUGCAAGAGCUGCAAGAGAAGCACACGAGAAGACAUCAAAUGAACUACUUGGCUCAGAAAGCCCCCCGAGAGCUGCGCUCCAUCAUUCAGGAGGUCAAAUACCGUAACGGCCUGCAGUCGGCUAAGCUGCUCCGCCAGCUGAGAAGACGAGACCGGCUUCACAACAAGCUGCAGAAGAACUACGACGUCAUCACGGCGUUCCUUCAGGCCGUCUCACAGAAACGACGAGUGGACACGCGACUGAAGUUUACCAUCGAACCGUCUCUGGGCAAGAACGGAUACCAGCAGUGGUACGAUGCCCUCAAGGCCGUGGCCAGGCUCCCAACCGGCAUACCCAAGGAAUGGAGGAAGAGGGUGUGGUUGACUCUGGCAGACCAGUACCUCCACAGCAUCUCGAUCGACUGGGAGAAGACGCUUCGUUUUGCCUUUAAUGAGCGUAGUAACCCUGACGAUGACUCCCUCGGCAUUCAGAUCGUCAAGGAUCUUCACAGGACGGGCUGUAGUUCCUACUGCGGCCAGGAGGGGGAGCAGGACAGGGUGGUUCUGAAGAGGGUGCUGCUGGCGUACGCUCGAUGGAAUAAAACUGUGGGCUACUGCCAAGGAUUCAACGUACUCGCUGCUCUGAUGCUGGAGGUCACAGAGGGCAAUGAGAGCGAUGCGCUCAAGGUGAUGAUCUAUCUGAUAGACAAAGUGCUGCCCGAGAGUUAUUUUGCGAACAACCUGCAGGCGUUGUCAGUGGACAUGGCCGUGUUCAGAGACCUGCUGCGUCUUAAGCUGCCAAGACUUUCCCAGCACCUCCACCACCUGCAGAAGGCUGCUAAUAGAGAAGCUGGAGGCAGUUACGAGCCGCCCCUCACCAACGUGUUCACUAUGCAGUGGUUCCUCACCAUGUUCGCCACCUGCCUGCCGCCCCCCAUCGUGCUGAAGAUCUGGGACUCGGUCUUCUUCGAGGGCUCGGAGGUGCUGCUCAGGGUGGCACUCGCCAUCUGGGAAAGGCUGGGCGAGAGGAUCGAGUACUGUCAGACAGCGGAUGAGUUCUACAGCACCAUGGGCUGUCUCACGCAGGAGAUGCUGGAGCACAACCUCAUCGAUCCCACUGAACUCAUGCAGGAGGUGUACUCCAUGGCGGCGUUCCCCUUCCCCCAGCUAGCGGAGCUGAGGGAGAAGUACACAUACAACAUCACCCCAUUCCCCACCUCAGUCAAGUCAAAUGGAAGCGGAGGCCUCGGCAGCUGGGAGAGUGAUGAUGAUGUUGACAUGGAUGAUGAAGACUCAGUAGUGACGACCCUGGGAUGUCUUGGGCCUCUGGGAGGCCUGCUGGCCCCUGAGCUUCAGAGGUACCAGAAACAGCUCAAAGACCAGCGUGGCGAGCAGGGGAACAUGGCGGAGCUGAGCCCGGGGGCUGUAGGUGGAGGCAGCAGGGCGGAGCACCAGGCAGCCAUGAACAGCAUGAUGAUGGAGAGGAUGAGCACCGACAUCAACGCGCUGAAGAGACAGUACGUCCGCAUCAAGAGACGGCAGCAGCAACAGGCCAUGCAGCUCUGCAUCCGCACAGAUAAGUGUCCAGCCACGAGUGUUCUGGCCUCCCAGCUCAACCCCUCCGCCCUGGUGGUCAACCAUCUCCUGCUGGGUCGGAAACCCCGUGGGCAGCCCCGCGGCUCCAGACCCACUCUCACAGUUCCAGGAACUCGGUCUGGCCCGCUGCCGCAGACCCAGGCCUCUCACCCCGGUACCGGCUGUCCAGGAGGCCCCGGAGGAGGCAUGGGCUCUCCCUGGCGCACGCAUGUCCGGGUACACCGUAGGAACCUGGCCCGGGCCCACACCCAGCUGGGCUUUACCGAUCCAACGGAGAGAGAAGAGGAAGAUGGAGGAGGAUCGGCGAGGGAUGGGGAAAGAGAGGUCGGAGGAGACGGGGGGAGGAAAGAGGAAGAGGAGGGGAGACAGAGAGAGGGAGAGGUUGACAACGAGGAGGAGGAGAGGAAAGAAGGGGAUGAGGAAGGGAGUGUCUGCCCUGCGUCUCCCUCCCCCAGCGACACUGUUGCAGAGCCCAUCUUUUCAGAGGGCAGACAUGCAGAUGGAGUCCAACAGGGGGCAGAGGAGAAGAAGGUUGAUGGCGUGAGGGAGGCGCGGGAACGAUUAGCCACCCUGGACCUGGAGGACGCAUCGAAAGACCCUUCCACUACUGACGCUCAUGCAAACCCUGACACACAGCUCGACUCCCCCUCCGGGAAGUCCACACCACAGGAACCUGACCCAGAGUCUACAGCCCAACCCCAAGUCCCCAUUAUCCCCCCGCCGCCCUCCUUGCUCCGAAGGAGGGAGUCCGAGUCUUCAGGCUCAGAGAGCAACGCAAGUUCACUCAGGCGCUCUCCUUCAUCUGUCGCUCUGUCUCCGUCUUGCUGUUCCUCCGCCUCCCAAGUCCCAUCCUCCUCGCCCUGUAUGCCGACUCCAUCCCCCUCCCCGCUCUCCACACCCGAGCUACUCGACCCACCCCCAACGCUGUCCUCCACUCCGGUACCAAACUCAAAGGCCUGCCUUACCACAUCCCCCUCUGCCCCAAAUUUCUCCUCGCUCUUUCCUCCUGCCUCUUCCCCCUCCGCUCCCUCGCCUUUCUUAAAGUCUCACAUGCCUUCCUCCCCUUCUACCCCUGUGCUCUCCUCCGCCUGCGCUGCCAAACAGUCCGUCUUCUCCCCCUUCCCCUGUGUCAAGCAGCCCAGAAAAUCAGCAGCGGCCCGAAACCUGGGUCUCUAUGGGCCCACGUCCAGAACACCCACAGUGCAUUUCCCCCAGCUCAGCCGCAACCUCAAUCGCAGUAGCACCACCACCACCACUACCACCACCACCACCACAAGGAGGCGAUGAAGACCCCAUCCUUGAUUCUUCAUGCAUCUUACCCUUUGCUCCAGAGGCAGAUUUGACGGUUUGAUGCUGGAAACUCACAGUCAUUUUAGAGUUACACCAUGCUGCCUGCCACAGCUUGGCAAAAAUGGACCAAAUCCCAUUUUCAGUUCCUCAAAGAUUCUCUCAGCAUUCAUGUAACUACCGUGCUGAGACGCACACCGGAAA